GGAUAUUGUCUAUAUGCCUUUAAAAUUAAAAGAAAAAUGGGCGAGUUUGCUAGAAACAAUAUGGGAGAAAAUUCAAAAACCAACUGAUACAGACACACAUGCUAUAUAUUUACUCAUUCGUGGAACUUUUGAAAAGUUCUUGAACACACCUACAAUCGCACAAACAACACUUUGCGAGUGCAUAGCUUUAGAAACUAGUAUUGUUAGUGAAACUUGGGUCAUUCCUCAUUGUAGAUAUGAACUUGGUGAAUUAUUUUAUAAACAGUUUAAUAAUCGAGAAGCAGCUAUGGAACAAUUUAAAUGGAUAUUAAAAGGGCCACGACCGAUAUCACGAAGUGGUG